UCUCCGUUCAUUCAACUAAUUCUAUUCCAAAAACCAAGAUGAUUAGACAUAUUUGCCUUGUUUAGGUUAGGUUGUGAAGGAAGGACUAACACACAAACAAAUACAGAGUGUAUUUGUUUGUAUAUAGACCAACCUGACCUGUUGUCAAUAAGUGAUGUGACGCAGAGCGGGUGGGUCUAGAAGAGUGGAACUCUUGAAACUCAGGUCCUGGUCGAUAAAAUACUGCUCGAGCUAUGAAACGCAGUGUUGACGACUGCAGUCUUUUAAGUGGGUUGCUCUAAAUUGGAUGCCCGGGGCAAUUUGUAAAUAGAACAGAAUAGAAUAGAAACACAUUAUUUGCAACAAAACACAAUAGGAAAAACACAAGGAAAUCAGUAAUAGUACUUAGUGCAACGGUGCAAAGGCGAAAGGAGAGGUGAAAUAUAUAAAAACGCUUGAGUAUAACUACUGAAGUCAGUUUUCGAGGCAAAUUCGUUGUUUUAACACGCUCUGCAUGACAGUGCUGGAUACAAAAUGAAGUUUAAUAAAACUGAGACGGAGUACAACAUGAAAUCUAUAAGAUUUCUGCUGUUGACUAUCACAACAAUGUUUAUCAUAAUCGCUGGACUCAUGAUCGUACUGGGAUUCUCGGUGUACUCCCAUUACCACACGUUCUCGUUCUUCUACGAGAGCGCCAAUAGCGGGAGGUUGUUCACGCCCUCAUUGCUAUGUAUUCUUUUGGGCAUGUUCCUGCUGAUCGUCACUCUGUUUGGAUUUUUCGGUAGCAUAAAACAGAGCACUUGCAUGGUGAAUUUGUAUGCACUCAUUUUGGGUAUUAUGCUUAUACUGAAGUUGGUGGUGAUAAUACUGGCGUUCACACUCGACACUGGGGCAAUAAGGGCCAUUUUGUACAUACCGGUAUCUCAAUAUGCAUCAGACCCAGAAAUCGAAAUGGAAAUCGACCGCCUUCAAGUGUCUCUCAAUUGCUGCGGUAGCGAUUCGCUUUUUGACUACGAGGGUAUGGAGUUUACGGGCAACCAUUCCACUACAGUGGUCUCCACAACCAUCAAUGGCAACAGCGUGAUGAUCGUUGUACCAGAAACUUGCUGUAUCACACCGGGCGUAGACAUAUGCGUUAGGAUGAGAGAACGCAGCUGUAAGACCGCAUUGGUGAACCUGUUCUCACAGAACGCUAGCGUGAUUGGCGUUUUGGGGAUUUCUGUUAUGUUCAUACAGUUGCUGGGAAUUAUUUUUGCGUUAUUGCUAGCAAGGUGCAUCCGCAAAGUGAAGAGCGAACGGGGUUUAAUGUCUUGGAGGAUCAAGGAGCAGACGAUAUUGGCACGCCAAAGUGAAGAGACGAAGAAGCAAGAUGCAACCACGGAUGAUCGUGUCUACAUACCACCCCAUGAAUCUAGCACAGCUUAAAAAUAAACCGUCGCUUUAUCCAUCGAGCCAUCACAUAUUUAUAAUCCAUUAUUUUAUUUAUUUACUGUAAAUUACUGAUUAAGAGUUUGUGCUCGGAAUGCUUUAUCAUUUACCACUCUAAAAUACAAUUAAAAUAAGUGCAUACUGAGAAACAUCCAAGUAUAGAUCAAACGCCAUAGUUUUAGCUUGAAAAUGCAAUGAUCCCUCCUAGAUGGCGCUUUUUGUAUCAGCGAUCAGUCGAGGAUUCUGGCCGGAUUUGGGAAGCACUGGUUGUGAUUAUUAUUCUAAUGUACUUCGCCAGUUCUGCAAAUUAUAUAAGUACAUUUUCUGCAAAUAUACUUAUAGUAAUAUAUAUUGGUAGGUACUUCUCAAAAAGUUUAAUCAAAAGUUUAUAAUUAAUGUAUAGGAAACUAACUUUCUUUUUAUUUCAUUCUUCAAUUAUUCAUAUGAAUGUAUUUUAAAAAUAUAUGUAAUACAUUUUACCCUUAUUUUCUUAUGUUUCUCGUUUUUUACCCAUUGGCCGUUCCCUAAUAAAAGUUAACGUGUACACAAUAGAUACGGUAGCCGAGCUGUGAGGGCUUCGGCUCCACUUCCAGGAUCCGAUCGUCGGGGAACUUUUCAAUAGAGUCCGAUCGGCACCUAGAUCUAGCACCGGAGAACGGAUAAACGUUCUCCGAGCUCAUGGUGCUUGAAUUGGAACCCCGCAUUGGUAAUUGCAGCUAUGGUCGACUCCCAAUGAAGUGGACAGACAACUUCAAGGGCGUCGCAGGAAGCCGCUGGACACAAUCGGCACAUAACCAUGGAAUUUGGAACCUACAAAAGAACUACGGGUUAUGAGUAUACAGUUUGUAGUCAAUAUCAUGUCGUUAAGUCAAAUGUCAAUGUCAUUACUUAUGUCAUCACUUGUCUCCCGGCUAGCGUCGCUUACAUGGAAUAUCAUGGUAUUAUUUUAUUAAAGUCCUAAUUUGAAUUCG